CCGUGCACUUCUCUAUUUGCAGCUCGCGCCGCCGCGGAGGAGCCCAAGGCGCGGACGACACCUCCGGUGCGGUUAGUCGACCUUCCCUUCGGCCGACGAGCUUCUGCCGGGCGGUGCGCGACUGUGUCCGGGAAUGAGAGACGAUGGCCGGCUGUGCAGAGGAGAAAACCUUCCGCCGCUUCCUGGAGCUCUUCCUCCGGGAGAUGAGGGCGCCUCUGCAGGAGAGCGACCCGCUGCCCCUGCGCCCCGUGUCCGACCUGCUCACGGACGAAGAGCUGGAGGGAGAAAGUCUGGACCUGUGUCUGCAGCAGCUCUACAAAUAUAACUGCCCGUGCUCCCUGGCGGCAGCGUUGGCACGAGCCACUACAGACAGCGUCCUGCAGAUGGACAUGUCCCAGAUGAGUCAGACCCAGGAGGGAGCGGAUCUGCCCCAGGUGGAGUCGGUGAAGUUGGCGCGUCUUCUCUUUAACUGCCUGUUCGACACGUGCUGCCAGUGGGUGAAGGAGAUGCCCUUCCAGCGCCGCCCACAGCCGUACUACGAGACGUCCAUCCACGCCAUCAAGAACAUGAGACGCAAGAUGGAGGACAAGCACAUCAUCAUCCCAGACUUCAACACGCUCUUCAACAUCCAGGACCAGGAGGAGCAGGCGUUCUUCGCCGUCUUUGAUGGUCACGGUGGCGUGGACGCGGCUAACUACGCCUCCACGCACCUCCAUGUGAACCUGGCGCACCAGGAGAGCUUCAAGGAGGACCUGGGGGAGGCGCUGUACCGCGCCUUCAGACUCACGGACGAACAGUUUGUGAAGAAGGCGUCACGAGAGCACCUGCGCUGUGGCACGACGGGCGUGGUGACGUUUCUCCGCGGGCGCACUCUUCACGUGGCCUGGUUGGGUGACUCUCAGGUCAUCCUGGUCAGGAGGGGGCAGGUGGUGGAGCUGAUGAAGCCUCACAAACCUGACAGAGAGGACGAGAAGAAGAGGAUCGAAGCUCUGGGAGGCUGCGUGAUCUGGUUUGGCACAUGGAGAGUGAACGGCAGCCUGUCUGUGUCCAGAGCCAUCGGGGACUCUGAGCACAAACCGUACAUCUGUGGAGACGCCGACCACAGCCUGUUCCCUCUGGACGGCUCGGAGGAUUACCUGAUCUUGGCGUGCGAUGGAUUCUGGGACACGGUGGGUCCGGAGGAGGCGGUGCGGGUGGUGAGCGACCACCUGAGCGAGAACACGGGAGACACCACCAUGGUGGCGCACAAGCUGGUGGCGUCCGCCCGCGACGCCGGUUCCAGCGACAACAUCACCGUGAUGGUGGUGUUCCUGAGGGACCCGCGCUGCCCCGCCCCCGCCGGCUUCGAGGAGGAGGAGGAGCCUAUGACGGAGCGGGCGGAGCCGGCGGAGGAAGCGGGGGCGGGCGAGGAGGAAGAGGAGGAGGAAGAGGAGGAAGAAGAGGGGGCGAGGGUGGAGCGUGCGGGUGAGGGGGGCACUAACGCGGACCAGGGGGUGAAGUCUCGCGGCUGGCCCCUGCAGCAGUGCUCCGCCCCCGCCGACCUGGCGUACGAAGACCGCACAGACUCUUUCACGGACAGGACCACCCUGAGCCUGGGGCCUCCGCUCGGCCACACCUUCCUGCCCAGGGUCCCGGGCAGAAAAGCAGAGGGGCCCCUGCGGCGCCGCCCCCUGCUCUGGUCUCAGGAGCCGGGCUCCACGGACCCCCUGUCCCGCUCUUUUCCGUAUCUGCACACGGCACCACUGUGCCCUGGGCCCGGCUCCACCCUCAGGCAAGGCUCCGCCCUCAGGCCCACCCACCAGCGCCGCCGCCUCCGCAGGGCCCUGCAGGGGUCCGCCCGUCACACCGCACCCCACAUCCUGCCUCCCGCCCUGAGGCACAGGCACGAAGCGGCGCGCCCUCACCUGCCUCUGGAGGCCUCCAUCUGAAGCCGUGCCCGCGUGCCCGCGUGCCCACCGGCCCGCGUGCCCACGUGUCCGUGUGACCGCGUGCCCACGUGUCCGUGUGACCGCGUGCCCACAGGCCCACGAGCCCACGUGCCCACGAGCCCGCGUGCCCACGUGUCGCCCGCUUCAGCUCCACCUCUCACAUGUUUAGUGGCUCCUCCGUGACGUGUCUCUGGACUCACAGCACCACAGGGCACUCAGCAAUAACGCUGCAAACUCAAACUCUUUGUUCUGAUUUGACCCUAGUUCAGUGUAAAUGUUUAGUUUGAGUCAAAGGUCAAAGGUCAGACUUCUGUAUUUCCAUGGUAACGAGUUCAUGACCCUCGCGCUUUACAGUCUGUGGCUCACCACACGUCUGCCCACCUUUAGUCUUAUCAAGGGAUCAUCAUACUUAAAGUGUAGGUUAAACAGGGUCUGUAGAUCCUUCUUCACUCUUCUUCACGUCUGUCGCUGAAGCGUCUGUAGAUCGUUCUUCACUCUUCUUCAUGUCUGUCGCUGAAGCGUCUGUAGAUCGUUCUUCACUCUUCUUCACGUCUGUCGCUGAAGCGUCUGUAGAUCGUUCUUCACUCUUCUUCACG